AUGAGCGAUAUCUUGGAAGGGUUUGUCUCCGCUCAACUCCUCCAAGAUCUGGAGGUGAGCGACGACGACGACGGCCGUGCCGAGGACCCGGGACCGACGACCGGCCUCGAUGGCACCAGGACGCCGGAAAAGUCGGGGCCGACCACCAGCCCCGACACUAGCAACCGCCGGCCGGUACCCCGAGUGGGUACCUACAUCCAGCGGGGUGACGCGGAGACCCAGCGACGGGCCCGGUUCCUCGUGACGCCACCACCACCGAGGCAGCCGCGGCCGCGGUGCCGACCGCGACCGACAGCCGGGCCCCGACGACCAGCGCCCGCCCCGGCCCCCAAGACCAUCGGCCGGGGGGAGUCGAGCCGAGCCGUACUGGCCAAGGCCGCAGCCACCCCACCGGCGGCUCAAGGACCAUCCGCCCGCCGGCUCCACCAACUAAGGCCCGCACCCGCCAGCAGUCGGCCACCGAUCCCACCGAGGCCGGUCACGUGCCACGCCGUCACCACCGGCCCUGGAAUACGCGCCCAACCGCCACCCAUCAGGGCGCCACCGGUGCCUGCACACCGCGGGGCUGAGGCAGUGAGAGUGCCUCUGCCACGCAGGGAGGCGGCACUGGUGCCAUACUCGGCGGUAUUCCGUAACCGUAGAUACCGAGCCGAGAAUGCCCAGGGACGGUGGCUGAUCCGUUUUGACCACCAGGGUGGCAUCCGGGCCAUAAGGGAGCUGCCGGCCAGAGGGGAAGCUGGUGCGUAG